ACGAAAUGACGCACAAUGCUUCCUGAAGCUCAGCUGAGCCAAGACAUCUCAAACUUGUGUCCUUCAGUACAAAAAAAAACGAAACAAAAAGGAUUUCAUAGGAUAAUCCAGUGAUCAAAAUUAAAGCACACAUCUGCAUUUAAAGUGUGCGACUACUUUGGGAGGAAAGGAAAUAAUAGUUCUGGACGAAGAUUUCACUAUUGUAUGCUGAAGAUGACUUGUGCAAAUGUGAUGUCGAGGUUCGGCCCGCCGGUGUCCGUGAGGUCUGUGGACAUGGCCGUGGGCUUCAGGUGCAGAGGAUCACCAAACAUCAACCACCUGCUCGGCGUGUCUUCCCCCAAACCCCUGCGGCCCUGCAUCGCCCUUCAGCCGGUGUUCGAGUACAGACACCCGCCUUCGACAGGCCUCAUCACAGCCAAAAAAAACAGACCCAGGGAAAAACGCGUCGCGUUCGCGGACGCCAAAGGACUCUCGCUCAUCACGGUCCGCCUGUUCUCCGAGAAAGAGGACAAGAUCCCACGUGAGCCGCUGAAAACCCCACGGCUGAAGAAGAAGCUGGGCUCCGCUACAAAGACUGUCCACAAUGCUUCGAGGUUGAGGCUUGGGUUCGAGCAGCCUUGUAGAGAUUUCCAGGCGUUCAGAAGUCGGCUUCAGGAUCAGAUGGUUGUGUUGGAGAGCUGUCACGUCACCAGGUGCUCCAUCCUCGGCACCGUGCGCGUCAAGAACGUCUGCUUUGAGAAAGCGGUACAAAUCCGUAUAACUUUCGACACCUGGCACAGUCACCAGGACGUGGCGUGUACUUACCUGGAUCAGAGCUACGGGGAACCUGGAACCGACGUGUUUGAGUUCAACAUCCGCGUCCCUGAGCGGUUAGACCCGCGCGAGCGCGUCGAGUUCUGCGUCUCUUACUUCCCGGCUGCGUUCAGUGCUGCUCAAUGGGACAAUAAUAACGGCGACAACUACUGCAUUCACGUGUGUGACUGAAUGUGCUGUUCUCUAAUGCCAGUUUUACACUGCGUCUGUACAAACUUGAAACUACAAACGUUGCUUGCUGACCCGUUUAGCACAUACUGACUGAAAUACUGUCCCACGAUCACUGAGUGCACUCAAACGCAGCCUAUCUUAUUUAUUUAAAUGUAUUUUUAAUAUUUGGCAACUCGACAAAUGUGCGUAAAUAUCUCGCAUGUACUGUAUAGCCUACCCUAACUGUGGAAAAUAUUUUUGACAUUGUAUCAAAUAAGUUAUUUUUAUAUUUUUAAAAUUGAGUUGUUUUAGGAAUGUGCCAUUUAUUUUGUGAACUUGAGCACUUUAACCUGUUUAUAAAACACUUUCAUACUGUGGGUAAUUUACAGAAGGGUUUUAUAGAAAAUAUUUUAUUACAUAAAAUAAAGAUCACUGAAAUUA